CAUUCCUUUAAAAUCAUUCCAGUUAAAACUCAGUUUUCAGCCUCGUUGGGCUCCGUCAGACCAAACCCAGCACACAGGAGCCCAACCAGUCCUCCCAGUCCCUCCAGUCCUCCCAGUCCCUCCAGUCCUCCCAGUCCUCCCAGUCCUCCCAGUCCCCCCAGUCCCCCCAGUCCUCCCAGUCCCCCCAGUCCCUCCAGUCCCUCCAGUCCCUCCAGUCCUCCCAGUCCCUCCAGUCCUCCCAGUCCCUCCAGUCCCCCCAGUCUUCCCAGUCCCUCCAGUCCUCCCAGUCCCUCCAGUCCUCCCAGUCCUCCCACUCCCUCCAGUCCCUUCAGUCCUCCCAGUCCCUCCAGUCCUCCCACGUCCUCCCAGUCCCUCCAGUCCUCCCCGUCCUCCCAGUCCUCCCAGUCCCUCCAGUCCUCCCAGUCCCUCCCAGUCUUCCCAGUCCUCCCAGUCCCUCCAGUCCUCCCAGUCCCUCCCAGUCUUCCCAGUCCUCCCAGUCCUUCCAGUCCCUCCAGUCCUCCCAGUCCCUCCCAGUCUUCCCAGUCCUCCCAGUCCUUCCAGUCCCUCCAGUCCUCCCAGUCCAGAUCGCUCACUGUGUAUAAAUCUUUAUUGAUUAUGUCAUUCCUAAUAAAAGUAAAUAAAAUAAAAAGAGGACCAUGAAGCAGCAUCUUGUACUGAACCAGACUAUUAAAGAAACUAAUGACA